AUGGUACAAGACGCCAACCAGCAUAGGGAGCAUUUCCAGCCCCGGGCACCAUCAUUCUGGACCCCUCCGGAUAGAAUUCACAUGGAUUCAGUUCCUGACGAGAACCGUUUUGCUGCUGACCCACAAGAUAUACGGCGACCCCCAAUGGCUAUCGACAAAGCAUUGCGCGAGUUUUGUAACAUUUCAGCGGAGUUUUAUGUGCUUAUACCGGUGAUCGACGGGAAGCCCCAUAUCUUCACGGCACCCACGAUACCUUCGCUUGAUAUAUCAAAGUUUUUGAACGUAGAAGCUCUAGGUCGCGAAUUGCAGCGCGCUCAGUCCGCUACAAAUCCAGCGUAUGCCGAUCCAGAAUUCGGGUUUAAUUUAGAUGUCAACCGUUAUCCAAUAGAUCCAGCAAGACGCUGGGCUCCGGAGCGUCGAUAUGGCCAGACUAUCAGUUUGGCCGGGUUUGAAGACGACGGGAAUUAUAAGGCGCGCAAACGACCCAGGGCCAGCUUGAUGCGGCGCGAGAUGGAAAGUUUUGAGGAAGAAUCCAUGCCUUCAACCCCGGUAAAGAGGACCAUCACCAUAAGUGACGAGAAGGCCCUCUGGGCAUUCUACGAGGAGCGGUUUAAAACUAUCCAACAGACUGCAUGUAAGCUAAUCGCAAAGGCCUGGGUGAAAGCGGUAGAACCCAAAAAACAAUCGACACAUCCAUAUACCGGCAGGGACGAGAAAGCGCCUGAGUGGUGGCCGAGGCCAUGGGGGCCAAAUCAAGAACACCGAGUACGGCACAAGGAGCCCGACCAUCUGUACAAGCGCGAACGAGUACAUCUCUUGGUUCAUAUUCUUCGGAUGAUCGUGGAACCUAACAACAAACAACACGCAAACCUACAAAAGCUCUAUCUCAACGUGACCAAGCUGGAGGAGGUCACCAACGAGGCGCUGUCUUCUUUCUUCACCGAUAAGGAGAACCCCAGCAACAUGGCCAAGAGACCUUACUUGAAAGAAAUAUUCAGGGUUGCUAAGAUCGAAGAACGUUACAAGGAUGGGCAAAUUGAUCACCUAACCUCGGUUCAUGUGAUGCCAAAUGAUCGAUCUGGCCAAGGGUACAUAUCAGACACUGAAGACGUCACGCCAGGGAGAGAUGACAUCGAGCCUAAGCUGUCGCCGCAUUCAGAUAGCGCAUCACCCCCGAGAGCUAGUGUGUCGCAACCACUGAUGGCGCCAAGUCAUAGCACGGAGCAGAGUCCAACUCCUCAGAUGCCAAGCGAUGCCUUCGUUGGGGAUAUGCCAGUCCGAAAUAAUAAUCAGUACAACCCAUCGAUAUUAGGACCAGAUAUUACCACGGAACGCCAAACGUUCGUGGAGGCGCCUAAUAUGCAAGGCAGUCAACCUCCACUGCAUCCCCCUACGAAUAUAGGGCUUCACGAUCUGUACACUAACCCACACGAUUCUAGUAGAAGAUCGUCUAUGUUCACUUCGCAGUCGGAAUACACAAGCCCAGCCACGCCAACGAUGUACUCGCAUUGGCAGACUGGAUCCACAGCACCCAACAACCCUCCAGUAUAUGCCUUCCAGCAGCAGGCGAGUAACACACAUCAACCGUUUGUAGGGCACACAAGCGUGGCGAUGCCCCAAGCCCAGCAAUAUAUGGGGGGAGCGUUCGACGGCCUGGCACGAAGUCACGAUACACAACAGCACCCGAGCUUGCUCCGGCAACCGCCUCCGCCGAACUACCCCAGCUACAUGCCCCACGAACCAGGGCCCCUUCCGGGAUCAGGCAUCAAGGUCGACGGUCUCGCCAGGCAUUCUACGCAAUAG